AUGGAUUGGGAAGAAACGAGGAAAGAAGAAAUUUAUGCAUUUGCUCUUGUUCUCUCCCCCCAAAUGCUGUUACUAUCAGUAUUCACCACCCUUGUUCUUUUGAUCGUCUCAUCAUCAGUAUUGUGUAUCGUCGACGAUAUGCAACCCAAGCUGCUGUACGAGCCAAAUGCACCCGAUUAUAGAUCUUCCGAGAUCGUGCGUCAGUCGCUGUUUGACAAACUAGCCGUGGAUGCUUCUCUUUCAACUUUUAUGGAUGUCUUGACGCAGGUGGAAAACGUGUUGAAGAUGGUCAACAAUUCAGAGAUUGAGCAGCCAUUCACGUUGUUUUGCCCUGUCAAUGGAGCAUUUCAAGCGUCAUUGCUGGAAUGGCGAACGGACAACUUGCAAGAUUGGGAAAAGUUUCUCCAGCAACACCUCGUGCCAACCGCCAAGCUGGAUGUCCGCCACUUGAAAAAGACUCAGCAACUGGACACAAUGGUAGAUGACCAGCCGAUCCAUGUAAAGUACCACUAUUUCCGUGAUAAAACGGACCUCAAUAAUGGCAUGGCAACGGUGGACACGGACCAUCCCAUCGAAGCGGCCAAUGGUAUUGCUUAUAAGAUUGAUGCUGUUUUACGCCCUGUUCAAGAUAACAAUUGA